AUGUAUAGUACCUGGGUUCCUCUCUUUGCCGCAGCGCUCUGCUUAACCUCUGGCGUCCGGGCGUUUACCAACCCUUGUAUUUACCAGAGUUACAAGUGUGGCUUCAAUCUACUCAACGACUAUGGCUACAACCUCACCGAGCUCGCCGCCGCGGUCGCCAGCACACCAUCUAUCCCUCCUCUCCCCGACGUUUUACUUCUUCAGGUCACCUACCGUUGCAUCAAUAUCAGCGGAGGGAUCGUCGGCAAUGCUUAUUGCUUUGCGGGUUGCAUCGAUAUGAACGGUACUCUGGUCAACGACCAGUGCGUCAUGUAA